CGACUGAACGCGUCACUCAGUCAACAUGGCGGCGGCUAGGGCACUCGCAAGAGGUGUCCGUUUGGGUUCAUACAGCAUCGGUAGAAGUCGUAGUUUAAUAUUUAACACUGUACAGAAACGAGGAAUAGCAGCUUGCAUUGACCCCUCUAUAGGACUCACAGAUGAACAGAAAGAGUUUCAGAAGGUGGCAUUUGACUUUGCUGCCAACGAGAUGGCACCACAUAUGGCAGAAUGGGACCAAAAGGAAAUUUUCCCUGUGGAUGCCAUGAGGAAAGCCGCCCAGCUGGGGUUUGGUGGGAUUUAUGUGAACCCUGAUGUUGGGGGAUCGGGACUCUCUCGUCUAGACACUUCUAUCAUAUUUGAGGCUUUAUCCACAGGCUGUGUCAGCACUACCGCAUACAUCAGUAUUCACAACAUGUGUGCCUGGAUGAUAGACACAUUUGGAAACAAUGAGCAGAGGGAGAAAUUCUGUCCUGAUCUUUGCUCAAUGCAAAAGUUCGCUUCAUACUGUCUCACAGAACCUGGUAGCGGGAGUGAUGCCGCUUCGCUUCUAACCAGUGCAAAACUCAAAGGAGAUCAUUAUAUCCUGAAUGGCUCCAAGGCGUUCAUCAGUGGAGGUGGAGACACAGAUGUUUAUGUGGUCAUGUGUAGGACAGGUGGGAAGGGACCUAAGGGCAUCUCCUGCCUGGUGGUUGAAAAAGGAACCCCUGGGCUCAGCUUCGGCAAAAAAGAAAAGAAGGUAGGUUGGAACUCGCAGCCAACCCGAGCCGUGAUAUUUGAGGACUGCGCUAUCCCAGUGACCAAUCGGCUUGGAGCAGAGGGGGAGGGCUUCAACAUUGCCAUGAAAGGCCUUAAUGGAGGCAGAAUUAAUAUUGCUUCUUGCUCUCUUGGAGCAGCUCAUGCUUCUGUGCUUCUGGCUCGAGAUCACAUGUGUGUGCGUAAACAGUUUGGAGAAACACUAUCAAACAGCCAGUUCCUGCAGUUUAGGCUGGCUGAGAUGGCCACUAAGCUGGUAGCUUCUCGGCUGCUGGUGCGUCAGGCGGCGAUGGCUCUGCAAGAGGGCCGACCGGAGGCCGUCUCGCUCUGCUCAAUGGCCAAACUCUUUGUGACCGAUGAAUGUUUUUCAAUAUGUAACCAGGCCUUACAGAUACAUGGAGGUUAUGGUUACCUAAAGGACUAUGCAGUGCAGCAGUAUGUCAGAGACAUUAGAGUACAUCAGAUAUUGGAGGGUACAAAUGAAGUGAUGAGGAUGAUCAUUGCAAGAAGUUUGCUCACUGAAUCAUGAUGCUCAUAAAUGGAUUCCUGUACGGGACAAAACAGUUUGUGUCUUCAUUAUCUAAAAGGUUCAUCACAGGUGUAGGGUUGAGUGACUGUUAUAUAUUUAUAUGUCCCACCUGUGACUAGAGAUUACUGAUCUUUCACACUCCACCGUCUGUUGAUCUUGAUCAUGAGAUGUUGACAGUAUUUCACGGAGAACAUUCAGACAGUUUGUGCCUUAAACUUGUGAAUUAGUAAAUCUAGAUUACAGUGUUUAUUAUAAUAACACACUGAGGAAUUUGGCUGGUUUACGGUCAAAAUACUGGCAGGUUACAAAAUGUAAAGAGAAACACUGGCACAUAAAAAUAAAGCAUUUACAAAGGUUACUGAAACACUAGUUUAGUUGAAAUCAUAUAAUUGUGAUUAAAUCCUCAAAAAUAACCCUUUUAUGUACAUUUAGAUAUCAGAUUAGUUAAAUUCAGUACCCUAUUUUUUUAAUCACAGACAUCUGUCUUUGUGAGAUGAUUUUCAGAGCACGAAAGAUCAAAUCAAUACAAGUGAGGUUUAUAUUGUAUGCUCUAAGAAUGUGUAUAAAUCUGACCCUCGUAUUAUUUUUAAAAAUGGCUCUUGUGACUUGUGCACCCUGUGAAAUUAAAAAAAAAAAGUGUUUGGGUUUCACCUGAAAAUCUGACUUGUAUGUUUUGUCAACAUGAGUUUAUAAUCUCCAAGUUGAUAAGAAUUAAAACACUAUAUAUUA